CUAAAAUUUAUGAAGAACCAGCUUUCCGUACUUAUAUUUUCAUUGAAUUGAUUACGCAAUUUAUGACGUAUCUCAUGUGACGUUAUUUAAAUGACGAAACAAGCUAGACGCUUUGGAUUUAAGGACAACAACAAAUCGGACUUGGAUGGUUUUUAUUUAACAGUUAAUUAUUUUUUAAGCAUCGAACGAUUAUUGUAUGUGUUUACGAUGGAUUAUGAAUAUGAAUAACAGUGUUGGAAUAUAAAACUGGAAUGAAACUGUUCCAAUAUGUUCGUCUACGCUAUCAUUUCAUCCUUUAUCGUGGCCAUAGUGGCUGCCAAUUGUGUGCCCAACCCAUGCCAAAACGGAGGCACAUGCUUUCCUUCUCAUGAACCAAUCGACACUGCAAAAUUUAGCUGCAAAUGUACAUCCGGCUGGGACGGACGUUUUUGCACGAUCCCUUUCCGGUCCAUCGGAUGUUAUAAGGACAGUCUGGCCCGUAUCAUGACUGUCAGACUCCCCGACUCGAAUUCAAACUCGCCUUUGGAGUGCGCCGCUCGCUGCCAUGGUUACCCUUAUAGCGGCACUCAGUUCGGCAUUGAGUGUUUUUGUGGAGACUGUCUGAACGCCACGAAAAGCCCGGAUUCCGAAUGUAACAUGGCGUGUCCUGGGGACAACAGCAAGAAAUGCGGAGGAAACUGGAGGAUGAGCGUCCACAGCAACAGGGAAACGUAAAUGACGACUCAUGGAGAAUGCUAGCGUGGGUCUUAAUCAACGCUGUAUGACCUGAAACAAACCGCCCGAUGGACAUUCUUUGCUUUUGGAAAAUUGUUUGCUUUGUUUGCUUUCGUGCUUUGUAUGGAACACCCGAUGGACAUUCUUUGUUUUGGGAAAAUUGUUUGCUUUGUUUGCUUUCGUGCUUUGUAUGGAACACCCGAUGGACAUUCUUUGCUUUUGGAAAAUUGUUUGCUUUGUUUGCUUUCGUGCUUUGUAUGGAACACCCGAUGGACAUUCUUUGCUUUGGGAAAAUUGUUUGCUUUGUUUGCUUUCGUGCUUUGUAUGGAACACCCGAUGGACAUUCUUUGCUUUGGGAAAAUUGUUUGCUUUGUUUGCUUUCGUCCUUUGUAGGGAACAUAUUUACUAUCACUUUAUCAACUGAUUGAUUUCAGAAAAAUGUGCGUGCAUUCCUUUUUUGCAAAGUAUUUCCCACAAGGAUUUAUAUUAUUUCAUAACGUUGAAAAAUGACAUUUUAGCACAGACAAAUUGACAUGAGUUUAAUAACACUUUUAAUAUACAUAUGCAUUUAUGUAAAAAGUAAUGCAGUUAUGUAAUAAGUAUGAAAAUGAUUACCAAGUCAGAUUCGUCUAUGCUAAUGUAUUCUCUCAAUAAAAGCUUUCUUC